AUGCAGAAGCGCACUGGGCGACCAGUGCACCCUCUAUGGGCGCACUUUCAUCGUGGAGAAAAGCGAAAUCGUUAUCAUUACCAUGCUUAUUGUGUAUACUGCGUGGCUCGCCAUGGCAUUGAUCAUGUGUCACCUACACGUGGGGUAUCCACCGAUCUUCUUCGUCAUCUCGAGUGCUGUCCCGAUUGUCCACACAACGUUGUGGAAUCGAUUAAACAGCUUUGUGGGUUACGUGAGCGAGUGUCUCAAGUGAAAAAGCGCGAAAUUCGAGGAUAUGAGCCUGCAAACCCUCCUUUUAGUUCCAACGAAGACCAAGUUUUGCUUCUACAAUCCGUCGCAGCGCCUUCAACGAAUCAAAGCACACUGAGGGGUGACGCAGCCAAUGGGUCGGAACGUUUCGUAAGCGAAAAGGGAACAGAAAGUGAUAGCGAUUCAAAAAAUGAUCUCGAAAUGGAAAAUGCGUCAAAAAUGACUGCCAAGCGCCGCCGCAGAGAGAGUGAUAACGAGUUAGAAAAGGACGUACUAUUCAGAUGGAAGACAAGUUUAUUGCAAAUGGCAGUAGCAGCAAAUAUUUCUUUGUCUGCUUUUCAAAAGCGAGAAUUUCAGAAAUUACUACUAGUGUUGAGCCCCGUUCGAGAUAUAAACCAGAAUAUUAUUAGCCAAGUGGGCAGUAAAGCGUUUCUUAAAGAGACGGCAACCAGAUUGGCUUGUACUCAAUUGGAUCGAAUGAAAGAAGGCACGCUUAACUCCACCAUUACAAGCGGCCUGACGUUGAGCAUAUCCUGUUGGCGCACUUUGCGUCAGCAGAAUUUAGUGGCAUUUACGCUUGUUAAUUCCAAUGGAGACGCUGCUUGUGUUCGUGUUGAAGAGUUACGACGCCCAAGUUACGCAUGUGAUAACGAAAAUGACUCCAUGUCUUCCAAGUCACUGCGGGGCGUGGCAAACUUACUGCCGCUUGCAGACGCCAUUGAAGAUGUUUUAAAAGAUCUCGAAAAGAAGAAUAUCUGUGUCGUAGGUAUUGUUGCGGACUCUACUGUUGCUCUAUAUGCGUCAAUGCGGGUUUGCAAGAAUGAACGAUGGCGCUCUUUGCUUGUAAUUCCUUGUAUGUCCACGCUACUAUCGUUUUUAGCUGGCUGUGUCUUGACAAACGAGAGAUAUUGCAAUACCGUGGGGCAGUUGGUCGAAAUUGCUGCAUAUUUCUCUAAUUCUCAACUUCAAACAUCAUUGCGUCUCGCUUCUGGCGAGAAAAAUGCCCGGAUUCCUAUUCCAAGUCGAGCCAAUUGGUAUUCGUUUAUCACUUGCGUGUCCACAACUUUGCACUACAGUGACGUGAUAACUGCUCUAUGCGAAUCUCGACACCAAAGCGACUAUCCUUUGGCGCCGUUGCGACUACGUGAACUUGUUCUUGAUAACGAUUGUCAACUUUGGAAGGCGCUGCGAGAAUUAUUGGCGCUUCUCGCUCCGCUUCGUGAAGCCUACAACUUUUUUUUCCGUCCGAAUUGUCAACUAGAAGAUAUAGGUGAAAUUGGCGUAUCUACAAAUUUUGUGAAUGAAGGAAUCUCGCUUGGUCACGUCAUGUAUCAGUUUGGUCGCAUGGGCCAGCAGUACGCAGCGCUCACCGAAUCAGCCGAUCGUGAUUCAUCCAUUAGCAAUAACGAGGACAUUGCAGUCGUGGCACGGCAGAUGUAUGGAGCUCUCGAUACUAUCUGGCAACGCUAUGAUCUGCCGACCAUGGUGCUUGCGUACAUGUUCGACUUUCAUUUAAGCAGUGAACGGCUAAAUACGCGAAACAUUUCACUUCAAUGGAAAGCUGUGUCCUCUUACUUUCAUCUCAAUUUUCACCGCUGGUUUUGUGGAGCAUCUGAAAUCCAGAGUGGAGCAACACUCAUACCAUCGAUCCCAAGAGACAAAGUUGAAUCACUUCUAAAUGCGUAUCAGCUUCGCCAAUUUCCAUUCGAUAGCGACACGACGAAUUGCUAUCAAGAUGUGUCGUCAUUCUAUUCGUUCGUAUCAGACUCGCAUCCAGAGGUUUGCGCGCUAUGUUGUCGGUUAUAUGCUGUGGCUUUGGCAUGUGCUGAUGUUCGCCGAGUGAUUCGUGGAAUUGGUUUUCUACCAUCCGUUGCACAAACAACUGCGCGUCCAGAGUACGUAGAACUGCUCCUACACGUGGGUUUUGCGACAAAUCUUAAGCGAACAAGUCCGAGUGGUACUAAGGCCACUUCAAAUAACAUUUUUCCCGAUCUUCUGCAAACAAGUCGCCCCGCAGAAUUACUGUGUAGUCAAGAUGAAUGGAGUUUGUUUGCAAGCGAAUGGAGGGAAGAGCUUGGCAGUGAGACUGCCGUCGAUGAGCUGGAGCGAUCAUACCAGGAUGACAAGCAACCAGACAAAGAAGGUCUAGUGCUCCGCUUGUCAUUAAAUCAACUCUUUAACGAGGCCCUCCCGCCACUCGCUGGCGUUGUAAAAGCCCUACCUCUCGAAUUAUCAAAAGCUGUCGCUCAGACAUCAGUUGCUAUUUAG